CAGCUGAAACUUUUCGUCUGCUAGUGGAGACAAACGCCAGUUUCAGUAAUACUUUCAUUUGGGCCUUUAUCGCAUAACUUUGUAUUUGUUCUAUAAGUCAUAUUCAAAGCAAAGAAAUUCUUUUUAGUUGUGGAAGGUUCGUUCUCCUUUUCCCUAGAAAAUACGAGAGCAAACUGUUGAAGCUGGAGAAACAAGAAGUCAAACAGGACAGCUUCCUGACAGCUAAGCUGUGAUCACAUUGCCAGGAGAUAUUAUCUCACCUGUCAGUUCACUUCCGUGUGUUGGUCACUUUGAGUCGGAGACAGUGGCAGCAGGGUAACAAUGGCACGCAGACAGAUAGAGAGUGUGUACAAAAAAAGGCUGGAAGAUGCCUUGGAGGCAGGGAAGGCCAUGGAUAAAGGAGAAUUCACUAAAGUAGAAGUCCUGAAGGAAGUGAAACUGGAUGCAACGUUAGGUGGUGUUUUUGCUGUGAGAUACUCAUAUGAUGGAGAAAUGCUUGCAGUCGGAUUCAGAAAUGGUGCAAUUCAGUUGUUAUCAUCACGCACGGGGAAAAUGAUCAAGGAGAUACGAAAAACAAGACAUGGAGGCUAUGCUGUAAUGUGCAUGCAGUUUCACACCAAAGAGCACCACAUCUUGCUAGCUAGCACUUCUGAGGGGUAUGUGUAUGCAUGUAACACAGAGGAUGGCACUCACAAGCAGGUGCUCACAGAAAAGAAUAAUGAAAUUAACUGUCUUGAUUUCUGUGAAGAUGGGUACAACUUUGCUACCUCAGGCAAAGACCUUGCAGUCAGAAUAUAUGAUACCAAAACUUGCCAGUUGGUGAAUGAAUAUGAUGGCUAUGACAACUCUAAAGAUCCUUCAGAUAUGAAGUGCUUGGGAAAUACACAGAGAGUCUUUGCUUUGAAAUACCACCCCGAGUACAACGACAUAUUUCUGACUGGUGGAUGGGACAACCAUGUCAAGAUCUGGGAUUCUCGAUCAACAGAUGGAAUCAAGCGACAGAUAUGGGGACCUCACAUUUGUGGAGACAGUUUGGAUCUGAGGGGGUAUGACAUUCUGACUGGAUCAUGGGUAGCUGAAGAUGCUUUAAAGGUGUGGAAUUACACUGAUGGCAAACCCAAGAAGACGGUGAAAUUCCCAGGCCCUAAGGGUGCCUACCUGUAUUGUGCUCAGUUCUGUGACAACAAUGUGGUGCUGGCAGGGGGAAGUGGGACUAACAGUGCUAAGGCAAUCAAUAUGGACACCAAUGAGGUGAUUGGUGAGGUGAAGAUGAUCAAGCCUGUGCAGGCCCUUGACACCACCAUGGGAGGGAGGCUGUUUGCUGUGGCUGGAGCUGAUGACUGUAUCAAGUUGUGUGCCAUGUCAUGAGGAUGUGCUCAUCCAUGGUACUACAGUGCAUAGAGAGUUGUCUCCCAUAUCAGCAUGCACAUGCCAUGUCCUCAUUUGUAAUGUGACCUGGACAAAGCUCUUCCAUCUGGUCUGCCUGUCAGUGUAUACACUACAACAAGAAGAUAGACAAAAACUAUACCAGGAACUGCCUGUAGCCUGACAAUAUGUUUGCUUCGAGCAUGACUGUGAUCACAGAAUUUAUAAACCACACGAAAUUUGACCCUGUCAUCUCAAUGGUUUUGGGAUAGUGAGAAUAUAUUGUCAUUUGUCAGUGUUUCAUGCUCAUUUCACAUUUCCACUCACAAGUUGCACUACAAGUUCUGUUGUUACAGUAAAGUUUAUGAAGUCAUAUGUAUUGUGAUGUAUCUUAUUACUUUUGCUGUUCUUUAAUACAUGCACAUAUACAUGCUCUGCAUUGUAGCAGAAACUUACAUUCCAAAAUGUUGUGAUCCUCAUAAUACAAAAGUAAACAUCCAUGUAUUCUCUCCCUUAUAAUCUGUUAUCUGCAGUGAACCUUUAACCAGAUGUUCAAUCCAACAAACCUGGAAUUUACAUGGAUUGUAUGAUGUUUGAUUGAUAAUGUCGGGUGAUCCUUGAUUUCAUUUCAGUAGUACGAUUUGCCAUGGGGAAACUUGUCGAUUUUUGUUUGCUGAUUAAGCAAAUAUGUUUCUUCCAUUCUUGAGAUGCUUGCAGUAUUGGUUGCAGUACAUGUUUCAUGUCUGUCCACUGCAUCACAUUGCUUAUUUAAUCUUUAUGUUUGUCUACUUCACCUAUAUCACCUUUUGAUUAUUUGGACUUGGCAUAGAUUUGAUGAGUGUAUGUUUUAAAUGAAACAAAGGCAAUUCCAAUGGAUUCAAGUGCAGUCAAGUUGAUUUAUUGUACACAUGUGUAUAAUUUUCAACAGUUACAAUGAACCUAUCAGAACAAACAGAAAAGGGAAGAAAGCUAUUAAAAAAUCUGGUAAUUGGAUAGGAACAAAAUAAUACAGCAUGUGUGAAAUUCCAUGGCAAUACCAAAACAUGACCAUCUCAUGUAUUGACCAGCAUGUCAGUUAUUUUUAUACUGUUACACAGAAAGCUUGUUUUAGCCUUCCUUAUAAUAUUGAAUCUGUUCUGUAUGCAGAUAGUGUGUUGUGUUAUGGUGGUUGUGUUCAUAGUGCUUUAGUUAUAUUGAAUCUCCCAAGCAGACAUAUUGCCCUUUCAUUCACCAGGCAAUUGAAGGGAAAUAAUUCUGGAAAGGAAUGUAUGUUUCUUAGGUUUGUACCAUGUUCCUUUUUAUGCCUAAUGUCUUGGCAUCGCACUUCAUCAAACAGUAUUUUAUACAUAUAGAAAGUAUUUUGAAGUUUAAAUAUUAUUGUUGUAGCCUAUUUAAUAAGUUAUAAAUAUCAAUGAGACUUCAUGGAAGAUUGUUACUAUACCUGUUAACAUCCCUGUAUCUAAGUGAAUUAAUGUGGUUUUGAUUGAGGUUUCACUAAUUUUCAGUGAUUGGAACCACAGUAUAUCUUUUUUGGCUCCAUUUGUAAUCACUACAUCAUUGUACAUGCGUUAAUUGUUACCAAAUCUGUGAAAGUUGUUCUGUCCAGCAUUAUACACACAUGUUGUAUUAUUUUUGUUUAUAAAGAUACUUCAUGUUAUCAUUUUGUUAUGAAUAAAUUCAUUCUGAAGAUA